AUGUCUUCGUCUUCAUCUCUCGCUCAAACAAAGAGGUGUCAGUAUUGUGGAGCUGCAAUGGUGCUUCGGGUUUCAAAAUCAGAUAAAAAUCGAGGGAAGCCAUUUUGGAAGUGUCUAACCUCCUAUGUAAGUUCUCAUUUCCAGAAUAUGGAGCCACCAGUUGCAAUGGAUUCGAAUGGGGUUGAUGUAAUCUCUGCUGAAGCAGAUCAGCAAGCUGACACGUAUGAUGCUACAGUGCUUAAUAUGCUGAAGUCCAUUAAGGACUUGGUGGAUUAG